AUGGCGUCCUACCGCAUCCGACAGUACCGGGACCAGGACUACGACGCCGUGCGGUCCCUCUUCGCCCGCGGCAUCUUGGAGCACGCACCGGCCGGCUACCGCCACUUCCUGCGCUCGGCGUGGGCGCAACUGGGGCUGCUGGUCUUCUUCGUGGCGGCGCGGGUAGCUGCCGGCUACUGGGUGCUGGGGCUGGGGGCCGUGGCGCUGGUGCUGGCGGCCACCUGGCUCCUGGUCCGCUCCUUCAGCACCUCUUACGUGCGCCAGGCGCUGAGCACCGACCUCUGCGACAUCACCGCCAGCUACCUGCGGGCACCCGACUCCUGCUUCUGGGUGGCGGAGGCUGGGGGGUCCGUGGUGGGCAUGGUGGCCGUGGCACCGCCGCAGGAUCCGGCCGAGAGAGGGGUGGCCCUGGAACUGAAGCGAAUGUCGGUCAGCAAGGACUACCGGGGUCGGGGCGUCUCCAAAGCACUCUGCGGGGAGGUGCUGCGCUUUGCCCGGGCACGGGGGUACGAGGCGGUGGUCCUCUCCACCUCCAUGGUGCAGGUGGCAGCCCAGCGGCUCUAUGAGGGCCAGGGCUUCAAGAAGGUGGGCACCUUCAGCCCCUCGCUGCUCGGCAGCCUGCUCUGCUUCCAGAUCUUCCACUACCGCUGCGACCUGCCUGGCCGCACCGCAGCCCCGCCACGCUAG